AAAUUAAUUUGUCUAAAUAUGGCACAGUAUAUACAGGUAGUCGAGGACGAAAGCGACGAACCUGUUGAAAUACCAAGUGAACCUGACGGCACAUUACUAUUGACGACACUUUCCGCUCAAUUUCCUGGAGCUUGCGGUUUGAAAUACCGGAAUCCCGACUCGGGAGCUUUCCGCGGUAUUCGACUUGCUGAUGGUGUAUUGCACCCCCCAGAUGGAGUUUGGGGCAGUUAUCAAUACUUAGCAGUAUUCCCUAAAGGUAGUUUGUAUAUUUUUUGUUUCAACGAUUACAUUAGAAAUUUUACUAGCCAUACUUAUACUUGUACAAUCAUGUUAAUGUUAAAAAAAUGGUACAGCACUGCAAUCUCCACAAAUGAGCAUGCCACAAAAAAAGACCACAUGUCAACAUUUUGGCUUGGCAUUAAAUUAGUUAAGUCUAAUCAUUAAGGGUAGGCCUAGCAGCUGGUAAGGUAAAACAGUGCAUUUUAACAUCCAGUGUUUCUAUACUAUAGUCCUAAAAUGUAAUUCAGGGGUGGCCAAAUUUUAGAAAUAUUUCCUGCUGGGCCACACACCUAAUUUUUUUUUUGUCAUGCUACAGCUUCGACAACACAGUGGCUUCCCAUUAGGUGAGAUCGUGGUCAAACGCUUGCCUGGUUUAAAGUAAAAAAUACAAGAAAUAUGGAAGAAAAUAAAUCAUAACAACCGCAAAUAGCCGCCCUAAGUCAAAUAUAUUUUUUAGACAAUUUAAAAAAAAUUUUGAUAGUGAGACACCUGACUUUGUUUUGCUGAACUAAAUGGAGACUGUCUCUGACUUUGUUUUGCUGAACUAAAUGAAUGCAUCUGAUCUCGACUGAUGUAGUAGCUACACGCAUGCAGUUUUGCAAAUGAAGAACAUCAGUAAUUCGUGUUCUCUCUUGUGAUUUGAUGUGCUCCAUCUGUUAACGCACAUAAGUGUUUCCAAAUAUUAAACCAUCGACAGAGCAUGCUUGUAAAAUGCAGGAUAUUUAUCCUUUUUCCUUGUCCAAAUAUGUUUUAUAAGAACUCUUCCAAACCAAUUUGAUGAAAUCAGACCUGUUUACUCUUACAAUUUUGGCGUACAAUGUGCGAUUUUUGCAGUGUAUACAUCAUUUAUAUUGUGUUUAUUUUAAUAUUAAGAUAAUGUAUUGAACGAUUUUGUGAUGAUAUUGUACGAUUUUAAGAGUUUGAGGAUAAACAGGUCUGAUGAAAUAUGAUCAUACAUCUUUUUAAUUAAUUGAUCUUUUCCUUGUAGACAGGUAUUAACAUAAUUUUGGUGGCUAGUUAUAUCGACAAAUGCUUAGUCGCAAACCCACUCUUGGUCUUAAAACUCUGGGAUUCUUAUGGACUUUCUUUCAAAGAAUUAUUGCGUUUCUUGCUGCAAAUCAAACACUCAUUUCAACAUUUUACAUCAGCAUAAAAUGUAGCGUUAUUGUAAUCUGAGUCCAAAGACUUUAGAAAUUCUUGAAACUCGUGGUGAUUUAACCAUUUUAACUUAAUGAAGCUCACUAUUGACAACCACUUUCAUGACAUGUUCCAUAAGAAAUUCUCUUGCUGCAAUUAAAAUUUAGCUUUGAAGUAUUGCCAACUUUGGAGGCCUCAUUUUCUAUCUGUUUUACUAAACCUUUGGGUUUCCCAACCAAUGCUGGAGCACCAUCCGUUUGUUAAGCCCGAUAUGUUGUUAAGGUGGUAAGUUGUAACGAAAAGUAAUUCAAUGUCGAUGCAACUGGCUCUACACAAAUCUUGUGACUUAGUAGUGUCCUUGAGUGGAUACAGUGCCGCUAAUUCUUCUAUCUUUUUAAAAUGGACAUCAACACCCCUGAUACAAAUUGCCUGUUGUGCAGUAUCCGCCAUAUCUAUGCUUUCAUCCAAUGUAGAGCACAAAAUAUAAACUCGGAUGCUUGACUUUUCAAGUUAUCUUUAAUGUUUUCCAAUGUCGUCCACACGCCAAGCAAUAGUCCAACGAGACAGUUUUAUUAUUGAGAAAUCCUUCUUCUUUUCUGGACGCAGAAUUUCAACUACGCUUCCCAAACAUUCCUAAACCAUUUCACCACCUGAAUAUGGCUUUGAUUUUUUGCUAGUAUCAUGGCUACUGCAUGUAAGAUAUUUCAAAUUGCUCUUGUCUAUAAUUUAAAAAGGUAUGAUAUCGACUCAUGAUGUAAUGGGCUUUUGGUGAUAUGUACAAUGAAGUUAACAUUAAUGUUCAUUUGACCUAGCUCAGGGGGCCGUAACAUGACCACUCACGGGGCCGCAUGUUGGCGACCCCUGAUCUAAUUAAAAACACUCUUGACACAAUUUAAAAAAUUGAAGUAACUCACUGGUCGGGUUGAGCCCUUGAUGUAGGUUGUUAAUCAAAGCAAGGUAGACUGUUUUAUGGGAAAUGGGCUUGGGUGCAGAAGAAUCCAAGUUUUUAUCUUUCUUCACAUUCACUUAUAGCAUUCAGUCAUUUAGGCAAAAUAACAUUUACAUUUCGAAUUCCUAAUGUUGUUUUUUUAAAUUUUACAAUGGAUCCAACUUGCCUAUAAUUACAAUUGGGUUUCUAUUUUAUUACGUAUUUAUCUACAUAGUGCCAAUUUUCAAGGUAUAUGACUUGACUAUGAAUAGUAGAUGUGUUAUGUGUUAGUUUUUUUAAAAAAUAAAACCUAAUUUGUUAAUUUUUUAUUUUAAUAAAUUUUAUUUUAUGCUGAUCUGACAUUUUGACCAGUGACAGGCUGUUAUAAUAGGAUCUGCAUGUUCACCUAAAUAUUGAUAUCUAUAGCAGAUACAAGUCUGCAAAACAAAGUGACAGCAGAUUGCAAUAUAAACGUCAAUCUGCUUUUUACAUUCAGUUACCUUUUUUGACAUCAGUAACUCAAUUCCACUAGACAUGCGAUGCAAAUAGUUACAUUAUAUAUACUGUAUUGUAUGAUUUUGAGACAAGAUUGUACGAGUUUGAGAGUAAAUAGUUCUGCGAUUCUAAGGAAAUAUUCAAUUUUAAACUAUUUAGAUUGAAAAAAUUGUGAUAAAUGAACUUGAAAGCAUUUAAAAAAGAAUGUUAAUUUCAUGUUUAAAAACCUGGUAGAGUCCAUAUUAUAAAUUAUCAUAAUAAUUCUAUGUGUUGUUCUGUUUUCAUGGUCACUCUUUUUAAAUUUAGCUCUAUUCAAUGCUUGUUGGACAAUAAGUGCCAUCAACAUCUGUCCAUCACAUUGAAUGUUAUUGCCAUUGUGUUUAAACACUCUCCCUAACAACAUACUUAAAAUACAUGAUUUGUGCACUCAUAUACAUUUUGAAGUUAAAUCUUUAUCUAGUUAUUGCCUUUUCUAAGCUGCCUUCUUUAACUCUAGGAACAGAAUUAUUUAAAUUUCAUCUUAAUUUCUCAUCUGGAUCAUCAUAAAGCACUGCUAAUUUAAACUGAAUCUUAGAUUCAUAUUAUAAUAAAUAAAAUUUCAUAGCCCUUCGUGCAAAAGUAAGGUUUCUAAUUCUUUUAGUGUGCCAAAGACAUAUGAGCCCACCUCAAAGUACCUUUUUACUUACCAUAUAAAGUAUUAGCAGAUGUUAUUCUCUGUUACAGCUUUCAAUUUAACACAGGUCAAUGUAUACAUAUUGACACUGCCCUUAGUAGAUAAUAUAGACAUCCCACAAUAAAUGGACUGCCAAAAAUGAUUGGUGGGUGGUGAAUAGACCAAGAAAACUAUAUAUUUAAUAUAAAAAAAACACUAAAAAAUUAGAGCUUUUAUUGUUAACGUUUUUUUACCAAAUUUUCCAGUAAAAUUCUUUAUGUCGUGAGGUUAUGACUGCGUCAAAUUUGGUGGUGAUCCAUUAUUUGGUUAACAACUAAACCUGUAAUUCAUAUAUACAGUAUAUGUUUUUUUAUUUGUUUUGGUCUUCCGCACACUGCUUAGGUUUACAUAGACUACGAAUAUAAAGUUUUACACUAACCUAGUUUUUAAAGCCAAAGUAAAACAAAUCAAACUACUGGGCUCUUAUUGUGGUGAAAUAAGGUUCCUCUUUAUAGUCUUGGUGGUAGAAAUAUUUCAGAGAUCUAGUAUUAUUAACCCAUGAAAGGCCUAUGCAAAUGAUUAUUUAUUUUCUUCAAGAAACAAUGGUGUAGCCUGGGUGGAUUGUUAAAAAAAAAUCAACUGUUCCAUGCAGCAGAUCCCCUCACCCAAGGACCAUCUUAAAUAUUAUUAACUUACUCUAAGGAAAAUUUAUUUUAGACAUGGUACUGAAGGCUGAAGGAACAUAAUUAUCAACCAUUGCACUGUGUAUUAAUUAAAUGGUUGUUAUUACACUUGAAAAUAGAAUAACUCAACCUUUCCUUUUUGUGAAAAGAUAAAGGGAGAUUUAAAAUAUGACGUAAACAAUAUAUCAUCUUUUCAACUUUAUACAUAAAUAUAAUUUUCAGAAAACAAGCGUAAAGGGGAAGAUGGCUUUGAUAAUCCAGCUGCUAAAACUAAAAGAUUGGAAAACCUGAAGUGUUCAGACCUCAUUGUCCUUGGUCUGCCAUGGAAAAGCACAGAAGACGACUUGACAAAAUAUUUCCAACAAUUUGGUGAACUCAUUUUAGUUCAGGUAAUCAUUCAUAGAUAAAUUAUAAAACUUAGGCUUUUAAAAAGUAUCAUGUGAAAAUAUUAUGUUUUAAACGAUGAUUGGAAUAACAUUGAACCAGUUUACAUUAUAUUACUUAAACUGAAAGAAUAUAAAUUGUAUUUAAAAGAGGAGAUUUAAUUUCUCAUAACAUACAGGUUAAAAGAGAUCCCAAGAGUGGUCAGUCUAAAGGUUUUGGGUUCAUUCGAUUUGUAAACUAUGAAUCUCAAGUCAAAUGCUGUGCUCAGCGUCAUAUGAUUGAUGGCAGGUGGUGUGAUGUUACUAUUCCUAAUUCAAAGGUAAAGAACCUUAGUUUCUAUUGUAUAUAGAUAUUUUGGCAUACAUUUGGAAUUUAGAGAAUAUUUCAGGUGAGAAUAGUAGCAGCUUUUCAUAAAGACAAAGCAAAUUAAUGCUUUGGGAGGAAAAAAAGUCAAUAGCAGGGCCUCAUAAUUUUAAAAAACUCAUUUUAAAAAAAAUGUAUUUCUUAUUUCGCUAGUCUUUAUCUUUUGCGUCUUUUAAUUAAUACACUUAAAGUAUUUAAAAGAUAAUACUAUUACAUAGCAUAGUUUUUUUAAUUUUAAACCAUUAUUGAUAGAUUCCUUUCUCAAAACAUGAGCCCUUCUGGUCAAUUUAAAGUUUUUGCAACCUUUGGAUAUUAUUUUAUUGUAACAGUUAUGUGACUUAAUAACUUAAAGAAAAAAAUAACAGUUAUGUGACUUAAUAACUGUUAUUUUUUUUCUUGAUACAUAGAAUGGCCUUUUUUAUAUCUUACUAUAUAUUUAUAGGUAUGAUUGAUAGACUGAUUGAAAUGUUUACUGCACUUAUUUAAUCUUAGAGGAUAUUGAAGCAGCAAAAAGCUGUCUUAUUGGGUAUAUACAUUUGAACGUGUGUUUUCUGAAUUUCUGUGGCUAAAUUUUUUGUUGUAUGAUGAUUGACUGUUGUGCAGACAAGAGCGAGUAAGCAGUAAUAUUGAAAGGUGUGAAAAUGCUUCCCUUCCCAUUUAUGAAUAGCUAGCUAAAGCAAAUUGAUACACAGGUCACCUUUUUGCGAAACGUACUAGUUGAAAUAUAUGAUUUCUUCAAAUAUCCAUCAAUCAAUGAAGUCACAGUUGUCAAGUAGAGGACUAAUAAAAUUUUUUAAACUCCUAACUUUGCUCAGUCAGGUGAUGGCUGGGAUCAGAAAGCCCAGCAUUCAGUGAGUUUUUUUUUCUCCUUAAAGCAAAUCUUAUAUUAGUAUACAUUAAAUUUGUCUUUGAAUUGGAAAAUGAAGGUAGUCAAUACUUCUCAUUCUACAUUUAAGCUCAUAUCUUUCCUGCUCAUAUUGUAGGCUUUGUAUACAGUGGAACCUGAGACUAAAUGUGCAAUGUGUGUUGUAAAAAGCUUUAAUGGAUUAACAAACUUGAACCAUUGUCAAAUAUAGCAUUAUGUAACUAAAAUUUAGCAUGCUUUUCACAUAUUUUAAAUUUUUUAGCCAGUUUUUUUAGUUACACUAAAAGUGUGUUAUUUUAAAAGAAAAGUUGAAUUUUAUUUUAAAAGAAAAGUUGAAUUGUAUUUUAAAUUUGGCAUAAAAUUAUUGAUUUUUAAACAGUAUAGUGUAAUUGAAACCACUUGACAGUGUGUUUAAAUGUGUAAUAUACAUCUACGUGCCAAAACUGCUUAUUUUUAGAACAGAUUUUAUUUAAUAGUACAUUUUGUCUAAGUUAGAAUCGAGUUCUUGCUUUUCUUCUAGUAUAGAAGUGUGAAAUAAAAUAUCAUGGCCUUGGAUAAAUUUUAAAUGAAUGCUCAUUUAAAAGUUUUAGCUAGUUAUUUUAACAAAGAACCAAAUUUCAUUGUAUAGUUUUGAAAUUGCAGAAUGUCAAGAUAAUUAUUUUUUUUAUUAAUUCUUAGACAUUUGAUACAUGUUUCUAUCGGCAUUAUGAAACGCCAUCCUUUAUGAUUUAAGUGAGUUAUAUUAAAAGUAAAGUGUUUUAGCUUUAGUUGGUUCCACUGUUUACAAACUUUUGUUAAUGGUAGUAAAAUAAAAAUUGCCCGAACAAAGCAAAGACACUGUGUUCCCCCACUUCCAGCACCACAGAUCUUCAUCCUACCACCAAGGCUACAACUUUACCCCUUAUGCGAACCAAGGAGCGGGCAACUUUUCCUUUUCAUCUGGGUCUGGUUAUGAUGAUGGUGUAGAUGGAAAUUACCAUCAGGUUUGUAGCACUCUUUCUUUGUUUCCGUCAAGAGGAAAGGAGCUAUCAGAUUAUUAAAAAAAAAGAGGCUGGAACUUUUCUUCUUUUUACAAAAAUAUUUUAUAAGAAAAGUUGGCUCUUGAAAUCAUGUUGAGGAUUUUUUUUUCUUCAGUUUCUUUGUGAGUGGAUAAUAAAUAAGCAUCUAACAAAAUGUUGGGCUAUAGUUGCAACUUGUGUUUUUUUAUGCCUUUUGGAAAUUUAGUGUCAGAAUAGUAUAUUUGUUAACUUAUAGUCAUGUCCAUUGGUUGGAUGUUGUUGCAUGUGACCUUUUUGGGGAUUGUUUGUAGCAGAAAAUGCUGAAUGUAACUAUGUAUUGUUAGUGGGAGACACUAUUGAAAGUUAUAAUACAAUUUUUUUCUUUGAAUCUUAAUUUAAAAUUAACUUUUUUAAACUCUUGUUUUAUAUAGUAUUGACUUGUUAGUUUUAACCUACCUAUUAUUAUUUAAUUCAGUAGUCAUUGGAGACUUACCUUUUCAACACAUGUGGCAGCAACUAAUUUUCUGUCAGCUUGUUCAAUUUAUAACAAUUCUUGCUGUAGAUUUUUUGUAAAAAUGUAAUUUUAAUAAAUUAAAAUAAAUCAUUAUUUGAACUGUAACAAGGUUAGGCGCUGCCUCUCACCGACAAUGUUCUCAUUUCAACUAAUAAUAGAGUGCAGUGAUGAACACAGGUAAAUUUGAUUUUUGACUGAUGGUUAAGAAAUGGAAUGAUUUUUUUUUAAGUACAGGUGAGAAAUGUUUUAUUUAUAAGAAUAUCUGAUCUGAUAAAAUAAUGUGGAUUAAGAAUACUUAGAUUACAUUUUACCUUGUCAGAAUUUCAUUUAUUUACAGUUAAAAGAUUUUAGCUAUUGUGAGGGUUUUUUUAACAGUUAGCCAUCUGUCAUUAGUGCCAAGCAAAGGGGGAAGUUAUAAUUUUCCAGUGUCUUCCACUAAAAUAUAGAGUGAAAGUUAAUCUAUUUAAAAUUGUGAGAAAGAGGUUUUAUGAUUAUUAGGAUGUGAAUGGUUUUAAUGGUUGUUAUGUAUGUUAUCAAGCGUUGCAUAAUUCACCAUAAUUCUAUUGUCUUUAUUUUAAAAAAUGACAGAAGAAUAAGUUGUAAAAUGUGGAAUUGAAUCUUUACAAAUGAUUUUAAGUGUUGUUUUUCCAUGAUGUAUUAGAAUUCACAUUAGUUUAUAGAUAUAUUUCUGAAAUGAUUAAGAUAGGAUUUUUUAAAAUUUGUUAAUGUCAUUGAUCUUCCAUUCAAUAGAUGUAAAUUCAUUUUUUUUUUACUUGCCUUACCCCGAAAGUGGUAAAUGGACAAAUUUUUUAAAUAGAAAAAUUAACUCUAUUUGGUGUUUUUCCACAUUGAGCAAAAGACAUUUUCUUAAUGCUUUUUCUUAGGAGGGAAACAACCAAAUGAUGAACCGCAAAGUUUUCAUUGGUCGUGUUACUGAAGAUAUCAGUGCAGAGGAUCUGAGAAAUUACUUCAGCAAGUUUGGUGAGGUAGUUGAUGUGUUCAUCCCCAAACCUUACAGAGCCUUUGCUUUUGUCACUUUUGCUGAUGCAGAGACAGCCCAGGCUUUAUGUGGAGAGGACCACAUUAUCAAAGGUGCAAGUGUUCAUGUCAGCAGCGCUGCUCCAAAAUCUUUUGAUAAGGUAUGAUUUUCCAUGUAUGAUGGUUCUAAUAUUUCCUUAAAGGUAUAUAAAUAUCAUAUUGAAGUUUCCUAUUUAAGAUUCAUUGAUUGCCACAUGACCAUUCAUAUUGACUAAUCUUUAAUUGCCUUAAAGAAAAGUAUAUAUUUUGAAAGAAAAAAAUUAAGACGUUGUACAAAUAAUUUUUAAAGAAUGCACAAUUUUUUCAUGAGUAAAGAAUAGAAUGUUUUUGGGUGCUACUUAUUUAUUAUUAAUUGUGCUAUAAGCAUUUGUUUAUAUUUUCAACUGUGUUUCAUUAUUUGCACUAAUUUUUAUUUCAAGUUUAAAUAAUUUUGGUUUCCCAUUUCAAUUAGCAUUGCAUUAGGUAUUCUAAAUGAACGUUUUAUAAUGAAAUAAAGUAAAAUUCAACUAUUCCCCUAAUUUAGAGCUUGGCUUAAUCAAAAUAGGACCACCAAUUUUAACAUUAACUCUCUAUCUCUAAUAUUAAGAAAGUUAUGCAUUUUUUAAAAACUUUAGAUGACUCGUGUAGUUUUGACACCCACAAUCUUCUAAAGUAACUAAGUUGGAACCUUCAAAUCUCUUGCACACACAGCCAGUUAUACAUAUAAGAAACUCAAUUUUUUUCAGGGUGGUCACGAAGAUGUAAAUAAAAAAAUAUAUGAAAACAGAGAUAAAAUGACAAUUUUUGUUCAUUUUAAAAAAAGGCCUACAAAAUUAAUCAAAUUAGAUGAAUAAUUUUUGGAAAACGUUUAUUAUUGUGUAAUUAACCCUCCAACUUUGGUCGGCCGAUUUCAUAGUAAUAACUUUAUAAUGCAUUAUAAAUGCAAAAAUGCCCAUUUAACUAUAUUUUAUCUUUAAAAAAUAUAUAAUUUACAGCUAAUCUUUCAACUGGAACAAAAAGCCGUAAUCCCAGGAUUAGCGCAUCAUUGUGUUUUAGAAAAAUGUGUUUUUCUCAAAAUCAAUCUAAAGUGACUUAGCAGGGUUUGCAAUUGGACUCCUCAAUUAUCUCAACUAAGCACGAUCACACACAAUAAGAAUUUUAGAGAAUUUUUUCAAAAAUCACAGAAAAUUAACCAAAUAAGUUCUUUAAAUAAACUUUUCACCAUAUUGUAAAUCCUUGUCAUGUUUUUAUUUAGAAAUAGACAGACUCAGAUUAAAAAUACAAAUAAUGCUUUAGAAAUAUCUUUUAAAAAGGUACUUUCAAACCCAACAUUGAGUUUUUCCUACAUAUUAAAUUUUUAUUUAAAAUUGAUUUAGAAAGCUGCAAUUCAGUACUGAUAAUGAAAAUUGUAUGAAAAAGUAGAUAAACCCCAAAGAUAAGUUAUUUGAAGUUUGCUGCCUUCAUUUGCAUGUCUGUAAGGGUUUAGAAACAUUUCCCUACACCAGUUUAACAAUGUUACAAAUUUCUGUAAUAUGUACACCAAAAGCCAGUAAAAAAAAUAUUUUAUUAGUAUCAAAUUGUAUUUAUUGUAUGAUUUUAAUUUUAAUAGUUAUUAACUUGCAUUUAUGAUUAUGUCAUUGCUAGCUGUAUUUUUAAAAAAAUGCACAAAUAACUAAUAAUAUUACUAUGGGUACUACUAACCUGUACCAGUUUGGGACUUAAGCCAUUGGUCUGAGUAUUCUUGUUCUGUUGUAGUGAUAUCUGUCUCAAGGUCUUAAAAUGUUUUCAGUUUCAGCCACAUGUUAAAAUUAAAACUCACAAGUUUACAAGGUUUUAACUGCCUCCCGUUUGCAAAAUAAAUAAUGCAUACCGGUAUAUAGUUUAUAAUUGUAGUUAGUAAAAACUCGCUGAGGUUAACUUUGGAAUCAGAACUUUACAGGGGGGGGGGGAUAUUAUGUAACUAAUUUUUAAAACUAGCUUUAUAACCUAGAAAAGUAGAAAAAUAAACAUUGCAUCACUUUCUUAUACAUCAUACCAUAUAAUUAAAUUUAUAAAAUGGAUUAGCAAUCGAAUUUAUUGUUAAAUUAUGAAUUCAUUAAAACUAAAGCAUUCCUUUUACCUGGUUAACUUUGGAAUCAGAACUUUACAGGGGGGGGGGGGGAUAUUAUGUAACUAAUUUUUAAAACUAGCUUUAUAACCUAGAAAAGUAGAAAAAUAAACAUUGCAUCACUUUCUUAUACAUCAUACCAUAUAAUUUAAUUUAUAAAAUGGAUUAGCAAUCGAAUUUAUUGUUAAAUUAUGAACUCAUUAAAACUGAAGCAUUCCGUUUACCCUCGGCAUUAAUGCUUCGCUACCAGUUGAUAACUUUCAUGAUCUAUUACGCUUUCUGAACAAUUUUGCAUUGCUAUAAAAUAAACAUCAUUAAAUAUUUAAACAUUUGAUGGAACUAAUUAUAUCUUCUUUUUUUUUUUUUUUUCUCCGCUGUCGUUAAUUUAAAUACAGACUACUUUAAAAUAAAGUUAGAUCGUCAUUUGGCGUUAACAUAAACACGCAUUUGUUAUCAAUAAGCUCACAUAAACCAAAUAUAUGAAAUAAAGAGCCUUUCAAUAUAAAUUAAAAUUCCAGAAGGAAACAAUAAUGUUUUAACUUAAAUAUUUCCGUUUCAAUCCAUGAAAAGGCACUAAAUUUAGAAAUUCAUAGAUAAAAGUAGUAAUUAUAUACUGGCUUGACCAAUUAGAAUUCGCCAUGUCUUGUGUGUCUUGCACUUUUUUUUAGCAGACUUAGUUGACUUUGUUCCAAGCCUUUGUGCAUGGAUACCAUAAAUGGGGUGUUCACACAAUUAUAACAGUUUUAGAAUACCUAAUUGUAGGACCCUAUUUUUAAAGCCUCUUACCGGUAGUUUUUUUUUUUGCUCUUUUAAGGAAAUUUUAAAAAUGUGUAUCUUAUUAUUGUUUCCUUUACUGUUCCUCUGAGACAUUGACGCUUUCAUUUUCAAAUUUUAUUUUACAAGGGAUCUGACAGAAAAGGCUUUGGACAAGGUGGAGGCAGCUAUAAUCAAGGAGGUGGUGGCUGGGGUCAAGGUAGAGCUGCUGCACCUGGACCUGUAGGUGGUAAGGUGGCAAAUAAUGCAGAUGGUCUUGGAGGAAAUCUUGGUAUGAAUCUUCUCAACUCUGCAAUGCUUGCUGCUGCGCAGGCUAUGCUUCAGAACCAGGGGGGCUGGGGAGCCUUAAACCAGGGUCCAUCUCAAGGUGGCAGUGGGGGGAAUAUGGGUGGAGGUGAUCAUCAGGCUCCUCCACCAAUGGCCCCAAUAUCCAAUCAAAGUGGUUUUGGCAGUAUGGGUGGGGGUAGUGGUGGAGGUGGGGGUGGCUCUGGUGGAAAUUGGUGGGGAAAUGAAGGAAGCUCCUCUUCAGGAGGUCAUUAUGGUGGUUGGGGUGGCUCUCAUGGUGGAAGAGGAAGCGGAGGAUGGAGUUAAGUAAAAUGGGAGAGUUGUAACUUUUAAGAGAGUUUUCAACCGUCAGUGUGAAAGCUAUUGAGUCUGUGCGCCAGAGAUCGAGAUUUGAAUAUCUAAGAUAGUUGAAAUUUUUUUUUCUUCUUAAAGUGAAAAGUUGAAUGUGUGGGGCGACUGUUAAGAAAUCAUCUGAAGUAAUUUUAAAAAGUUAAAUUAUUUUGUUACAUUUUUUCAUUCCUUUCCCCCCACUUCCUCAUUAUCUUGAGAAAUUGUAAAUUAACAUGGUUAUAAAUUCAUAACUAUCCUUCCAAACUUCAAUCUCUAGGCAGGCAAGGUUUAUCUCACAGAUUUUUUUAUUUUCUUGUACAUAAUCUUGAACUCUUCUAUUUACAUUUCUAUCAAUUGAUGUAUAUGUUGUCAAAAUUGUUUGUAACAGUUCACUUCCAUUUUUUUAAAAGUUAAAUUUGGGGGAUGAUUUAAAUAGGCUCAUUUGAGUUUCCAGCCUGUUGCACUGUGAAUUUUGUCUUAAAUUCAAUCACUUUUUAUUCUCCAAAGACAUCAUUUAAAAUUCAUAUUUUUGUUUAAAUACCUUUUGUAUGAUUUGAUAUUGCAAUGUGGGUUGCUUGAUUGAUUAGUGUGAUUUGCAGAUUUUAUUUUCAAGAUAUUUUUAGGCAUGACAGAUUUAGCUUUUAAAAUGCACAUGUGCGCCGUUCAUUGUGCGAGAGUUGCUGCUAGUUUUGUGCGUGCAACUGUUCCAGACUCUUUUAUCUCCUCACAAGUGAUAGAUCUGAGUGCAGAAAGAAACAAAGUUGAAAGUAGACCCCUUUCUUUGCAAUCUGUUGAGACAAAAAUUUGAAUGUGAUUUAGUUCAGAAUAUGUAGUUGCAGUGUGAAGAAAGUGAGACAUAAAAUCAAUUUUUUUUGCAAGUUUGCCUUUUGGGAGUGAUAUGAAAGGUUUCACUACGAAUGCUAUGACAUAAGGAAACUGAAGACCAUUUAAAUCUCCCAAAAGCCUGAAAAACUAGAAUAAAGACUCACUGCAACAUUAGAAAUACAAUCUCAAAUCCCAUUACAAGCUUAAAUGGUAAGCAAUUGAUCAAGCAAUCCUUAGAUAUUUCAAAUUAAAUAUUAGUUUCACUGAUUUUAUUUAGAGCUUUGAAGUUAGAGUUAUAUUGUAUUUUAAAAAUGCUGUGUUGUAUUGUUUAAAAAAAUGCAAGAUGUUCCACGUGUCAUAGGAACCAAGCAAAUUUUACAUUUCUUUGUGCAUUUUGUCCCUACAUUGUUUUAUGAUUUGUAAAAUGGCGGGGGGGUAACCAAAAGAUAACUAUUAAAUGGUCUUCAAUGAUUGUGAGACUGCUGUUAAAUGAUUUAUAUUUGUUGUACUAGUGAAAAGAUCACAGAAUACAUGUGGAAGUCUGCAAAGCUGUUUUAGACCAGGCAAAUAAAUUAUGUCUCACAUAAAAGAAUUUUAUUUACUGGUAACUAAAAAUUGCCAAUGAUGACUUGUGAUUACAGUAGCUGUGCUCUUUUCAUGAAUAUGUUGUUGUUAAUUAAAAGAACCGAAGUAAAAGUGGUGGUGAUUUUGUGAACAUGGUGGAGAGGAGAGGUUGGCAUAUGAUGAUGAUGAACGUUGAAUGUUCAAGUGUCGGAAAACCAGAGAGGGG